AUGGAUGAGAAAUAAAUAGAAGUUAUUCAUAAACAAUAUCAAACAAAUAUUUGGAUAUCGAAGGAGUAUUAAACAUCAAGGAAUAGUUAAGAGAAUGAAUUUUAGGAUGAAAAAUUUUUGAUUAAAUAAUCUUGCCUCCUGAAGAUGAGGAUCAGUGUGACUUAAAAAUUGCAAAUAUGGAUGAAUGGUAGCAUAAAAUAAAAUUCUAAGUUCCUUCAAUAUCAAAGACAGAGAUAUCUUUAUCAAAGUUUUAUUGAAUAAACUCAUACAGAGAAUGUCAACUACUUUCUGGCACAACACCAGAUAAAGCAUUUUUCAGUACUUAAAAUGAACGAUUGAUUUACAAAAUAUAUUUUCAAGAAUUAACUGACGAAUCUCUUCUAAUUGAAACCAAUUAGAAAAUUAUUGAGACCUAAUACAUCCAAAUAGUUCCAUUCUUAAAGGAUAAGGUUGACAUAACUGCUGUCACUCAAUUAGAUGAUUAUUCUAUGAUUUAUGAUUUUGUCAAUGAGAAUCUUAAGUUUACAAUAUAAAGAUGUGAAUUUCUUUAGACAGAGGCCACAAUCUUUUAAAUAAGCCAAUCUGCUUUGUUGGUGUGUUCCAUUUAUUAGAUUACACUUCAGAAGAUGAAGAAUUCAUUCAAUAUACACAAUUCAAGAAUAACAACACUAGCCUUGGCAGCAAUAAUUAAAUCAUUAUUAUAGGUGUAGAUAGAAAUUAGCAUAUCCCACUCACUACCUUAUCAUAUAUGAUAGAUAGUUUUUGCCAUCAUCAAUCUACUACUAUCACUUAAAUUACCUCUUUUUGGUAGUGGUUAGUUUUUAAUUUGUAAUUUAUUCAUAGAACUCUCAUAAGCAAUUAACUCUUCUUUCUAGAUGUAGCACAACCAGAAAAUCUUAGAUCAGACUCAACUCCUGAUAUUUACCAUUUGUGA